AUGGCAGCUGAAGACAUCUCCCCAGAAGGCAAGCCCUCGUUUGCCCUGGAGCCGAAAGCCUCGGGUGCCGAGUUUGCGGACCCCAAGGCCGACGUUGUCAAUGCUGAUCGUCAGGCUGAGCACGACUUGACUCUUCGACAAGUCCUCCGUCACCAUCCAGCACUCAUUGGCUGGUCCUUUUUCUAUGCCAUUGCUGCCAUUGGCUGGGGCUUUGAUGCUCAGAUCAACGGUGCCGCCAUCUCGGUUGAAUCAUUCCGUCGUGACUUUGGAUACGUCCAAGAUGGCGUGGCAAUUCUCCCCGCCGACUGGCAAUCAGCCUUCAACCUCAUCACCAGCGUCGGCGGCUUCUUCAGUGGAUUCCUCUGCUCCUAUCUCUGUGACCGCAUUGGCCGCAAGUGGUCCCUCGCCAUCGGCCUCGUGUUUGCUACUGGCGGCAUCUUUGGAGAGGUCUUUGCCACCUCCAACGCGUCCUUCCUCAUCGCCAAGCUCAUCCUCGGUUGUGGCCUUGGCUUCUACCUCACCAUCGCCCCUCUCGCAACCUCCGAGAUCGCACCCGUGGUUCUUCGAGGUAUCGCGACGGCCGGUGUGAACCUGGGCAUCGCCAUCGGUCAGCUCGUUUCCAACGCCGUCAUCAAGGGUUUCGGUGAGAGGCCUGAUAGCUGGGGAUGGCGCGGACCCUUCUGCACACAGUUCUUCUUCGUCAUCGUCCUUGCUAUAGGCCUUCCAUUUGCACCCGAGACACCGUGGUAUCUGGCUCGAAGGGGCAAGCUCGAUGAGGCAAAGAAGUCUCUGAUCCAGCUGUACGGCCCCAGCAUUGACGUCGAAGCCAAGCUUGCCGCUAUCCAGACCACCAUUGCCGAAGAGGAUGCUGCUCGAGCUGAGGAAGCAUCGUGGUCUCAGUGCUUCAGAGGCACUGAUCUCAUCCGAUCCAUGAUCAGUAUCGGUGUUUUUGUCUGCCAGCAUCUUGUGGGCAUUGUCUUUGUCCUCGGUUACUCGACCUACUUCUUCCAGCUGGCCGGUCUCGCCGAAUCCAGCAGCUUUGACCUGGGUGUCGUGGUUACAGCCUGCGGUGUGGCUGGCAACAUCUGCAGUUGGUUCGUCGUCAACUCGUUUGGUCGUCGCAACAUCUUUGUCAUUGGUAUGGGUUCGCUCACGGCGCUUCUGUUCCUCAUCGGAAUCAUGGAUGUGGUUCCUACCGGCGCUGCCAAGUGGGUGCAGGCCGCAUGCAGUGUCAUCUACGCCUUUGUCUACUUUGCCACAGUCGGAGCCAUGGCCUUUGCUGUCCUAGGAGAAACCUGCUCUCUGGCUCUCAAGGCCAAGGCCAUGGCCCUGGCCACAGCCACCCAAUCCGUCAUGGGUAUUGCCAUGAACGUUUCCAUUCCCUACAUGGUCAACCCAGACGAGGGCAACCUGAAGGGCAAGGUCGGCUUCAUCUUUGGUGGUCUCGGUCUGCUGGGCAUGAUCUGGAGCUGGAUCUUUGUUCCUGAGCUCAAAGGAAGACGAUACGAUGAGAUUGAUAGGCUGUUUGAGCUCAAGGUCAGCCCGAGGAAGAUGGGUACUUAUAAGCUGGAGUAA